GCUCCUAGCUACACCCAUCAACCAACACGAGCUCAUCGAUAAGCCUCUGCCACGUCAACAACUUGUUUAUCUAAUACGACACUCUCUUUAUCUUUGAAGACAAAGAAACGCCACCUAUUUUUAUUUUUUAAUUGUUUGCUUGGCCUUCGCCUCAACCUGUCCUUGAUAUAGUUUAUCUGUUCAGCUGCAUUUUCAUUACGAUGUCAUAUUUCUAAACCCUCUCUUCUCUUCAUUUUUAAUCGUGUAGGGCAGAAGUUGAAUCCUUAUACAUGUAUAUUUAGUCUGUAUAUCAAGCUCAACUCCUAUCGACAAUUACAAUUAUGGCUACCACCAAAAUCUACAUUGUGUUUUACUCCUUGUAUGGUCAUGUGGAGGCUAUGGCACGGGAAGUGCAGCGAGGAGCUAAUACUGUGCAGGGUGUUGAAGCAACGCUUUGGCAGGUACCUGAGACACUUUCCAGCCUGAUUUUAAAAAAGAUGAAAGCUCCCCCUAAACCAAGCGAUGUGCCGGAGAUCAAGCCAGAGCAACUUGUGGAGGCUGAUGGCUUCAUCUUUGGAUUUCCUUCACGUUUUGGUGUAAUGGCAGCCCAGUUCAAGGCCUUCUUUGAUGCUACUGCUGACCUAUGGGCAUCCCAAGCUCUUGCUGGCAAGCCUGCUGGCAUCUUCUGGAGUACUGGCUUUCAUGGGGGAGGCCAAGAACUUACUGCUUUUCCCUUGUACACUCUCUGCAGAUUGACUGCCAUAACACAAUUAGCACAUCAUGGUAUGCUGUUUGUUCCACUUGGUUACACGUUUGGGAGUGGCAUGUUUGAGAUGAAUGAGGUCAAGGGCGGUUCAUCUUAUGGAGCUGGAACUUAUGCAGCAGACGGUACGCGAGAACCCACAGAGCUAGAACUCCAGCAGGCCUUUCACCAGGGUAAGUAUGUUGCUGAAAUAACAAAGAAACUCACAAACUGAACGCUUCCAGCUUAAAAAAUUGUCUUCAAAUGUAAAGAAUACUCGAAUCCAAAUUCAAAUAAGACAGAUCUUUGUAUUUA